AUGUUCUUACGGCUUUUGCCACUCCUUUGGUGUCUCCCAUCGACAAGUGCUAUUCCAUUUUUCAAUAACCAAACUAUCCCAUCCAACUUGACUACCAACUGUGCAACGGCCCUUUUGACAGACGUCAAUCAAUGCCCUCCAACUGUUGCUAGCUUUGCUAGUGGAUAUUACUAUCCACCCUCGGUGCUUGAAGAAGCAUGCACAAGCGCCUGCGUUACAGCACUUCAACGAUAUGAGGACGAUGUGACAAAAGCUUGCGCCGGGCAAACAUGGAGCGCAUAUGACGAGGUAGAUGAUGCGUCACUGGCGCUGAUUCCGAAUGUCAUGCGUUUCAACCAUGAUCUCGUUUGCCUGAAGGACGCAGACCGGUGGUGUAAUGUAGUCGCAGCAGCUGCUGCGGUACAAGCAGAUCCUGGGCGUUGGGACAAUGCUCCACCAAGUGGCGUGGAGCCCUCUGGACCUUGCGAUUUAUGUUUCAUUAAGAACCUGCAAAAGCAGGCCGGCUCCCCAUACUAUGACGGGCCGCAGAUUCGGGAGAGCUCUAUAUACGAGUCCAAAACAUCGAGUUGCAGUGUGACAGAUUAUCCACUAACUAUUUCCACGCUGCCUUUCUCCCAACCUCCAGUCAUCAGCUCGACUCCAACACCAUCGCCCUGCAGUGGCAAAGAAUACCAGAUUCAAUCGGGCGACGACUGCUACAAGAUAUCUAAGUCUCAGGGAAUAGGAACCGCAUGGCUCCUGUCAGAUAAUUCUCUCACCGCUUAUUGCGCCAAUUUCCCUCAGAAUGGUGCACUGUGCAUCAAAAACACAUGUCAAAUAUACACAGUGCAGCCGGCCGACACCUGCGAAGUCAUGGCCAUGUCACACAAUAUCACCAUCGCGCAAUUGAAGGCAUGGAACCCGAUCAUAAACGCUGGUUGCCACAACCUAUACAAGAUGAACGGAACGUCCAUAUGCGUUUCCAACCCAGGCGUGGCAUAUGUAACUCCACCUGCAAUGCCUCCUCUAGCCCCAAGUACUGCUGUCAGCGCAGCGCCUGUCCCUACUAAUGCAAAGGAUGAAUCGAAUCGCCAGUGUGGGCAGUGGUACAACGUCGAGGGCGGUGACUAUUGCAAUCUCGUAACGUUGAAGUACUCGAUAUCACUGUCAGAUUUUGUGUUUCUGAACCCGUCCAUCAAUGAGAAUUGUACCAACCUUUUACUGGAUAUCAGCUAUUGUGUAGCACCAGUAGGCGACAUCAAUACCUACUCUGGACGACCAGGAUAUCAUACUCCUGGACCUACGGGAUUGCCCUUCACCAAAGUUACUUUUACCAGUACCAAGCCUGCCACGACAACACCAACAUCUACACAAAUGGCUUUUGCAGAAGAUACACGAGAUGACUGUUAUCAAUAUUUUGAAGCAUCACAGAUGGAGACUGAUAUAUCAGGAACUAGUUUUCGCCACCAGUGUGACCUUGCAGCGGCCGUUUACGGCGUAGAAUUGUCAGAACUACUAACUUGGAACCCCAAAUUGGGCAACGAUACUGAAGCUGCCAGCUGUAGCUUCAAGCCUGGGGUUCGCUAUUGUGGUAGAUUCUACUUUGAAUUGCCACCACCUCCGUCUGAAGUAGGGCCAUCGCUCGAAUUCCCGAUCAGGGAAGGAUAUGAUACGAAUUGUACUGAGUUUAGCGACGUACCUAAGGACUUCACAUGCGAUGAUGUUUUAAUUGUGUUCGAGCUGACUUUGGCUCAAUUCUUCAAGAUGAAUCCAGCUGUAGGCUCGACCUGUGCAAAUCUUUGGACAGAAAUGGCAUACUGCAUCAGAUCACCCAACGCCCCAGCCCCUGUUACGAGCAGCAAACCGACCACAGUUAUUACACCUAGCAGUACAUCUGCUCUGGGGCCUUCAGCACCAACGCACAGCGGGCAGCCGUCGAACUGUGUUCGAUGGCAUAUAGUUGUGGACGGCGAUAAUUGUUCGAAUCUUGCCGACAAAUACUUCAUAACCCUAGCGCAGUUUUUUGCCUGGAAUCCGGCUGUCUCGAAAGAUUGUCUCGGUAACUUCUGGUUGGGAUCAGCGUACUGUAUAGGGACUUCGGACUCAAUCACUGUGAGCAGAUCAGCUGCUCCGCCGUCACCAACUCCCACUGCUUUCGUGAUACCAUCGCCAAAUCAGCCCAAUAAUGCGGUCGACAAUUGUAAUAAGGUUGCACAGGCGCAGGAAGGGGAUUGGUGCUCGUUAUUUGCUGAGCGAAACGGGAUAUCCUCUACGCAAUUGUAUGCGUGGAACGCUGCUUUAGAUAACGGCAAUGGGUGUGGUACUUCGUUUUGGAAGGAUUAUUGGUACUGUCGCCUCGGCAGUCAUCAGCACAUAAGUGGCGGCGUUCCCGCAAUAUCAAUUUACUCGCAUUCCUUCUUCCAUCGCAUCAUGGACAAAUUACCACAGGAAUUGAUCAACCGCAUUGUGUGGUACGCAGAACGUUACCCCGGGCAGGAGAAAUGGUUUCCUGCAAUAGGACAGUUUUUCAUACCUAAUAAGCCACCAUCUCAAUUCCCUCGUCUGGCAGGUCUCAAUCGCUCAUGGAAGGAGGCAGUUGAGACAAUUACGUUUCAUCACCUUGGUAUCAAGAGCAAUGACCUUGAUUCGCUCCAGUCAAUCAUAACUGGAAAUCGUCGCAGGCAUCUUAGUAGGAUCAGCUUUACAGCGCUAUUGCCGGCAUACUCAGAAGAAGCAUGCGCAUACAAGGAGUCAAGAGCUGAACAACAAGCCAACGACGAAGCAUUCACAAAAGGAAUAUGCGAUCUCUUUACGGUCUUGCGAACCUGGGAAGACAACGGUGUGCGGAGCGCUCUAGGUCUUGAUAUUUUGACAGCUGCGUCACCGACGGACUCCCGCCUGUACGUGGAUGGCCCAGAGAAGGAUGAGCUCCUGUACGACAUUGCAAUUGGCAAGCGAGAAGACAUCCUUUCAGACCGCUGGGAAGAGUCACGCCUACGCCUUCUUCAGCCAGCCACUUUACCCACAUUGUCUAAUGUGCAGCGCAUCAGUAUCACCGGCAAUGGCCCACGAAAACUUGCACCAUCUGUGGCACCAGAUUUAGCCAAGUCACUGCCAGGACUCACGUCAGUGGAGUGGGAGUUUCAGGACUGCGAGGGUGGACCCGAGGAAUCAGAUCGCGACUCAUUGAAUUCUGACUCCGACUCCGACUCCGAUUCCGGCGUGGAUUCUGCAACCUCUCCAAAGGCGCGGGGUGAGAAUCGGGUGCAGUUUGCAAACGGGAUUUCAAAAAUCGCAUUUGGCUCCCUUCAUUCUGCUCAAAUUACUUUCUACCAUGAGUCUCCGUCAGACCAGAGGUAUACGCGUACAAGCAUUUUACCGGAAGGUCUCAUGUACGACCCUUUCAGUACAGCACUACGUUAUUUCUCACAACAUCUUACAACUCUUACAUUGAGUGCGCAUCUAGACUCGACUCUAUUCUGGCCAGCACAAUCUAAGGACGAGUCCCCUUUUUGGCCAUACUUGAAGUCUUUAGAUGUCACGUUCGAUAUGGUAGCUCCAUCAGGGGAAUGGUACUUCACGGGGCCGCGGCCAGUAGACCAUCCACAUGACGACGUCGAGAGCGGCACCGUUGGAGGUGUGGAUGUUCGCGAUUAUAGUUACAGGGACUUCCGCAUACAUCCAGAUCCACAAACUUUCAACCCUUUCCUCGGCGCUUUCGCCAAAGCUGUUGCACAGAUGCCCUUUCUCGAGUUCUUCAUGCUUACCUCUGAACUUGUGGGCGAUACAGGAAAGUUACAUAUCUCCUAUCAUGCGCCAGGGAAGGAAGCAGAAUGGGGAGAUGAAGGUCCAGAGGAUCUCAAAAGCCGACGGAUCUACUACGCCUGUGAAGUGGGCGAGGUAUGGGUUCCGGAACCGGACACUGCGGAAGCAUUGAGGGGCGCAGGAAUACAGAAAUUUGGUGGUGAAGCGAUCGAGCGUUACUUGGGUAGUCAGUACUACUGA